CUGUCGGUAAUGGUCUCGAGGAGGGAGGGGCCACUCAAAGGAAAGAAGGGACUCCACACAAUGGGAGACAGCUUCCAUGACCAGCUAUUGGAGGACAGUCGGUUCCUCAGGACAGACCGUCGACUGGACACAGAACUAGUGGAUAAGCUCAUCCUGCAGCUCAACAGGAUCUACCCACAGAUCCUCACAGACAAGGAGGCCACCAAAUUUAGGGACCUUGAUGUGCCCACCUGCGUCCGACUGGCUGAGCUCCUGGCUCACCUGCAGGGGAAAGGUGAAGAGGCCUGCCGGGAGUUCUACCGGGCGCUUCACCUGCAUGUGGAAGAGGUGUACUUCAGCCUACCAACACGCCUCCGCCUCAGAGGUUCUGUAGACCCGUUCACGGUUACAGCCUCACCCACCCAGCCGAGAUAUGUGCUGAACGACCGAGGUCCUCUGUUCUUCCUGAGUUGUUUCGGCGUUGCGGUGGGGAUGGCUCUACUGUAUUACUAUGGCGAGGCCAAAGUAACAGGGGGAAGCAGGGCUCUUGGCAUGGCUGCUCUUGGACUGGGCCGACGAGCCAGAGAGGUUCUCAUAUGGUACGCUGAAGACCCCAUCAGGAAGUAGUCUGUGUGUCUCCACUACCACAGCAAAACAAGCACUCCAAAGGUGUUUCCGGACAUCCAAUAACACACUACACAAAUACCCUUUUCACAUUACCAUGCCAACCUGAACCAAACUGUGCUGGUUACAGCAACUAUGGUCGAUGAGUAACUGGGCCAGUUGAUUACAGCUUGGUUUGGCUCAGUUCAGUUUGUCUCAGUGGUGUGAAAAGCCAGGGGUUUAUAACUUUGUACAUACUGUAUAUAGCAGUCUUUUGGCUUUAGGAAUCUUGAGGGUUUUUUUGGACAAUUUGUCAUACAGCAACUGGUUUUCUUCUGAACUUUCAUUGUCUUCACAAUGGUUAGAUAUUAGACAUGCGUCUUCUCUGGUGAAAGGGACUAUUAUCACACUAAAGCUCUGUUACUGAACAGCAUCUUGUCAAGAGCCAGUCUCCUUCCGUUGUUGGUCUUUUGGUGUGGUUUGGACACCGUGUACAGAAACCAAUAAACCAGACUCACUUUAAAUAAACCUUUCCUACUGAAUGUGCUGUACUAUUUGCAGUAUACUCGGGAGAUUGACGUUAGGAAACAUCAAACGGCUAAGGAGGGUAUUUAUCAAAUAGGAUGUUUAUUUGUUUACUUAGCUUACUGAAGGAAACCAACCAAGCACUACGUUUUAUUCCAAUUUGAUUUGUAAUAUCAUCUCUGUUAUCAGGGAGGAUCUAUAAAUGGAAAACAUUAAUGUAAUAUAUAAUAUAUUUUUAGCAGACACUCUUGUUCAGAGUGCCUUACAGUAGUGAGUAUAUACAUUUCAUACUGGUCCCCUGUGGGAAUCAAACCCACAACCCUGGCGUUGAAAGUGCCUGAUUCCCACAGGGGACCAGUAUGUAUACAUUUCAUACAGGUCCCCUGUGGGAAUCAAACCCACAACCCUGGCGUUGAAAGUGCCUGAUUCCCACAGGGGACCAGUAUGUAUACAUUUCAUACAGGUCCCCUGUGGGAAUCAAACCCACAACCCUGGCGUUGCAAGUGCCUGAUUCCCACAGGGGACCAGUAUGUAUACAUUUCAUACAGGUCCCCUGUGGGAAUCAAACCCACAACCCUGGCGUUGCAAGUGCCUGAUUCCCACAGGGGACCAGUAUGUAUACAUUUCAUACAGGUCCCCUGUGGGAAUCAAACCCACAACCCUGGCGUUGCAAGUGCCACAUGUUGUAGCUCAGUUGGUAGAGCAAGUUGUUCGUCCGGUGUUUUUGUCUUGGAUUAAAUGUCUACCACAUAAUGCCUAUCAAUUAGAUCAAUCCAGGUACCCUAUGCUUGUAGCUAGAUAGCCCGGCACUGGUUCAAUUAAUGUGUGACCUAACCAUAUCAGAGAAAUUGUCAUUUGUUCACUAGAACUAUCACAUUAUAGCGGUUGAUUACACUCCUUUUGAGUGACAAUGGUACUUAGUUACUGUUUUUGAAAGUGUUCAUUUUGUUAUUAUGCCCACUGAAAAGCCAAUGCAAAGUACUACAUUUCAGUUUCUCUCUCACUUUUCUCUAAUGUUGUUAAGCGUUUUCAAAGUUUUCUCUAACACAGUGUGAAGCCUUUGUUCGCUAACUUGCCUUAAUCUGUGCUUUGUUUGGUACGGGAAAUGUUGUUCAUGGGGGAAGUAGAUUAUAACGGUUAUACUGUUUUAUAGUAGGGGAAAUUAUAAUAUUAGAUACACAUGUAGCCUACCUGAUAUAUAUUCAAUGUGUAGACAUAUGAGACUGUUGUGUCACAGCUCCAUCUACUCUGUGAGGAGAAAAUCCUAACUCCCAUUCAAGUCAAAUGGACAUCAAUGCACAGCUAAGUGGUUUUAGUGGAAGUUAGGAUUCUCCCCACAUUCUCUUAACGGCCUCAGUCUCACAAGUGCCAUCAUUAUGAUUUAUAUAAUUGUAUGACUUUUCACUAUUUAUUGUUUUCAAGCCUUUCUAUGCGUGGACAAUACAAAACAAUAUCUGGACAAAUUGUUACUUUUCAUUUACAAACUUCAUUUCAAAAUCGUACAGUUUUCUACUGCAUUCAGUGCAUCAAACAAAGUGCAUUAAAAGUGGGGCUAAAAUAUGAUUUGGUCCUUCAUUUCAAAAAAGAGAAAAGGCCUUCAAUCAUUAAAAAACAUGUAUAUUGGCAAAGCUUAGGCACAAACAAGGCAUGAAAUAUGAUCAUAUAUAUUUUUUUACACGUAAAUUGUGAUGGUACAUACUGUAAAUUGCAUAGAUCUGAGAUUACAUAUAAGGCAGCAUGCAAAGUCUGAAUGUCCGGUUGUAAAAUUCAAGUAACUUAACAUGAGAAUUUGGGGUAAAAAUCCCCUAAUUACCAACAUUUUGCAACGCUAGAUCAGUGGUUCACAAACUCUUCACACCCCUCUUGUUGGCGGAGAGAACAUUUAGCAGGUUCAAAGCAUAUUUCCUGCAAUUCUAUACACUCAGCUAACCUGCCCACAGACUGUGGUUGAAAAUUAGCCGGCGAGCUAAAACCGUCACUUUUACUGAAAUGUUGAUUAAUGUGCACUGUCCCUGUAAAAAUAAAAUCAACUCAACAUGAACACACAGAAUAUAUGGGAAAUGUGUGGAAUGCAGGAAAUUUGCUUUAAAAUGGCGACCAUGGAGGGUGAUAUUUUUGAGGGGCAUUUAAAAGCUAAUUUCCUGCAUUCUACACAUUUUGCCAUAUCUUGUGUGUGUUCAUGUGAUAGCUGAGUGACUCAAACAUUACAACAAAAUCGAUGGGCUAAAAAACACAGCAGCUGGGACUGUACAGCUUGAGUAUUUCUAGAACAAAGUUACCAUGACAGCAGCUCUAAGAUAUGAGAUACUUCAGUGUAUGUGGACACCCCUUCAAAUGAGUGGAUUCGGCUAUUUGUUUGCCAUGUUUGCCAGUGACAGUCUCUCUCUUCCCAUUCAAAUAUGUGUUUGCAACAAAAAGUUCAGUAAAAGACCCAUGUGACUCCAUUUGAUAUUGCGAGGGUUGUUUUGUUUGCGCGUUGCGCUGUCUAUGCGUCGGUAUAUUGUCUAUAAAAGUGGAUCCUCGUGAUUGUAUCGUUUUUCCCUUUUAGACCACAUAGGCCUAAUAAAAUACUUCAAAUGAUAGGC